AUGGUAAUAGUUGGAUGUUUGGGACGAAUUGGUGAAAUUGAUGACAAAUGUGAUUUCAACAGUGAUAGAGUGCCCUGUCUUGUGCCAAAUUCCUUCUGUGUUGACGGUAUCUGUGUAUGUGCUCCGCUGUAUCAACACAUUGGUGAUGAAUGUGUUCCCCGUGAUAGCAGCACCACAUUUGGUACAGUGUGUGACACGUCUUAUGAAUGUAAAGGUGAAGGUGAAUACUGUAGCAGCUAUGGACGAUGCAUGUGCCUAUCAACACAUGUUAACAUUAAUGGAAGAUGUAAACCUGCUGUUUAUCCUGGUCAAUAUGGUUGUGAAGAUUCUCGUCAAUGUGCUAAGGGUUAUCCGGGUGCUAUAUGUGAUUUACAUCAACGAUGCCGAUGUCCAAAUGGUUUGGAAGCUCAGUCACAAACAUGCAUUUUUGCUGCAAAAGAGUCAGUAAAAAAAGCAAAUUCAAGUUUUUUUGAUGGCUUUGCCCGUUUGUUGGCAGAAAAAACAAGACGGCGUUAUCUUUCUACCAUAUCAAAUCGUCGUCGAUCUGUACCGUAUCGUUCCUAUUAUUAUAGUCCGAUUCGAAAACAAUAUACACCAAAUCAUUUGGUAACUUCUGGUGUAGCUCCAGGUAUUCUUCUGUUAUUUUAGCU